GAAGACGAAGGAAAAGCGAAGAGAAGCAAGAUAAUGAUGAAGGGGAAGACAAAAGAAAAGAAUUAGAUGACGAAAGCAAGAAGGAAGAUGAUAAAGAGGAAAGCAAUGAACGAAAAGGAAGUAAUUAA